CUCUGCGAUGGAAUCAAACAGGGACGAAGCCGAGCGCUGUAUCGAGAUUGCCGAGACGGCUUUCAGGCAUAAACAGGUGGAGAAAGCUGUGCGUUAUCUUGAGAAGGCACAGAGGCUAUUCCCGACAGAUAAAGCACAAGCUUUGAUAGACACCAUCACGCAGAAUGGACAGCCAUCAAGCACUAACUACCAGUCCAAGUGCAACGAGUCCACAGGCCCCCGACACAAGAGAGGUGGGGAUGAGGCUAGUUCAGCCAGUGGGGAUAAGGGAGGAGACAGUGGGAAGUCGUACUCACCAGAUCAGCUGGAAGCUGUCAAAAGGAUAAAGCACUGUAAGAACUACUAUGAGAUUCUUGGGCUCAGCAAAGAUGCUACAGAAGAAGAUCUGAAAAAGGCUUAUAGGAAACUGGCGUUAAAGUUUCACCCAGAUAAAAACCAUGCUCCAGGGGCUACAGAUGCAUUUAAAGCUAUUGGGAAUGCAUAUGCAGUGCUGAGUAAUGCAGAUAAGCGAAAGCAGUAUGACCAGUUUGGUGAGGAGAAAGUUCACACGUCUCGGCAUGGCCACUCACACUCAGAUUUCCACCGCGGCUUCGAGGCAGACAUCUCACCAGAGGACCUCUUUAACAUGUUCUUCGGAGGUGGCUUUCCGUCAAGUAAUGUUCAUAUGUACAGUAAUGGGAGAAUGCGCUACACACAGAGACCAGAGAGGAGGGAACAACAGAGAGAUGGGGGGCUGGCUCUUUUCGUACAGCUGAUUCCCAUCCUGAUCCUCAUCAUAGUUUCAGCGCUGAGCCAGUUGAUCAUCUCCAGCCCUGCCUACAGUCUUAGCCUCAGGCCGUCAGUGGGCCACACUCAUAGACGACUAACUGAGCGCCUGAAGGUGCCUUACUACGUCUCGGCACACUUUUCCGAGGAAUACACCGGGGUGAAUCUCAGAAAUGUGGAGCGGAAUGUAGAGGAUGAUUAUAUUUCUAGCCUCAGAAACAACUGCUGGAAGGAAAAGCAACAGAAGGAAGGUUUGCUGUACAGAGCUCGGUAUUUUGGAGAUGGAGAGCUUUACCAAAGGGCACAAAAGAUGGGCACUCCCAGCUGUACCAGACUCUCAGAAAUCCAGGCUUCAUUGCACGGUUAACAACACCACUGCCACAAAGAUAGGUUGUUUUGGGGGAGUCAUUGAAGCCUCAUGAAUAAUGCUGUUGGACUGUAUUAUAAAUAAAAUAAUUUAUUGUCCGAGCCUUCACCAAAAUUGCACUGUAGAAAAUAUCCUUGUCAUAAUACAAGUCCAUGGGAAAGCACAUUUAUGCCAAAAAAAGGCUAGACUGCCCUUUACCCAUCACACUUCUGUAGUUAAACCAAGAUUUUCAUGAGGACUGUAAUCAUGGAAACACGUGGAAAGCCAAAAGGCUGGGUGCAAGAAGAUAGCUGGAGAUCACACUGUUGUCUUCUAACAGAAGAACAUUAAUAUGCUUAAGAGGAAUGAAGAGCAACAGAAAUCUGAAACUUAAUUGGAAUUAAUUUAUUAUCAUGUAACAACUUUUUAUGGUUGGCAUGUAUCCAUGUCUGAGAAGGGCUUUAGAUUUCCUUUAGUGUAUUCCUGUGCAAGUGUAUUAAAUCAUGAAUUCAGUGUUAGUAAUACAGGAUAAGUACAGAAUGGAGGGUUAUACUGUAGCAUUUGUAUUUUUUUGUCAGCCAGCCACUGAUUGUGUCAGUCAAAGACAAUUAUUGUUUCAUCUCUAUAGUUUAUAUUUGUGUAUAUGUUGUACUUUUAACUAUGC